AUGGAUCGAGUUCAAAAUUUUAUUAAAGAAUGCUUAUUUGUGAAGAAUUUUGAUAAUCCAAACAAACCAAUUGAUGAAAAUAGGCUACAAGAAACUUUGCUUUUAUUACCUACAGAUGGUGGUCUUACCGGCAGAUUAAUGAGGUCACGAAGCCAGAUGAAGAUAAGUGCUAGUUCUAUUGAGUCUGGUGGAAGUUCUGACAAUGUGAAACAUCCUAAUUAUAGAGAGAUCAAUAAAAAUUCUAGAGAAGCUUUACAUGAUUAUAUUGUAAAAUGUAAGAAAAGUGCUUUAAAAGUAAAGAAGAUCGUCAAUUCUAACAAUUUUAAUGAUAGAUAUACAUUGGAGGAUUACCUACAAAGUAAAGAACCAUUAUUAUGGCAAGAAAUUCCCAAAUAUGAUAAAUUUUUGCCAAUGUAUGAAAUUCUUUGGGUUGGAUACGUUAAAGAACUAUUAAACAUACCUUUGAAUAUCAAAGAUGCCAAAAGUUUAAGUAUUAACGGUACUACAGCUCUAAGCAAGUUGUCUAUGGCCGAUUACAAUGGUGCAUUAUUGAAGGUUGUUCAUUCAAAGAAUAAAAAUAUGAUUGGAAUUGAAGGCAUAGUAGUUUGGGAUAGCCAAAAGAACUUUAUAAUGGUAACAAAGGGCGAGUUAUAUGAUCAAUUGAAGAUUAUCCCUAAAAACGGAACGGUUUUUGGAUUCCAAGUUCCUAUCAAUGAUGAUUUCGCAUUACAGUAUAGUAUAUUGGGUGAUAGAUUCAAAUACAGGAGUAGCGAUCGUGCUGGUAGAAAGUUCAAAAGUCGUAGGUGUGAUGAUAUGUACCAUUACAUCAAAGAUCAAAGAUAA